AUGGUGCUACUAGCUGCAAGAUGGUGUAAAGGCAGCAUCUUAUGUAGAGCUAUCUGGCUACAGCUUCUCUUCAGUCUACUGGUAUUGAGUUUAUCUUCUGAAGCUUGCAAGAAAGUAACUUUUAAUGUCCCUCAUAAACUAAAGGCAGGGGCAUUUGUCGGCCAAGUAAACAUGAAACAGUGUCUUAAUCAUUCUGAAAUUAUUUACUCAAACAAUCCCAAUUUUACAAUUCAAGAAGAUGGCUCAUUGUAUACAACAAGGGAUGUUUCCCUGACUUCCCAUGAAAUCAUCAUCACCAUAUUUCUUAAAAGCAAUCAUGAACAGGAACAAAAGAAGAUACAUAUUAGUUUGCUCACACAUUCAAAAAAGGUCCCAAUAGCAAAGGCAAGACAUUUACGAGCUACUUUUCUUAGACGAACUAAACGGAGAUGGGGUCCUGUCCCAACUAUUUUAAUGGAAAACUCACUUGGACCUUAUCCAAUGCAAAUUCAACAGCUGCUUUCCGACACAUCCCUAACAUACGAUAUCAGAUACUCCAUAAGUGGUCAUGGUGUUGACAAGCCACCAUAUAAUUAUUUCUACAUAGAGGAGGACACUGGAAAUCUAUUUGUUACCUGUCCAAUCGAUCGGGAAGAAUACCCAGAAUUUCAGUUGAUUUGCUAUGCAAUGACAGCAGAUGGAUAUACACCAGAGAUACCGCUUGUGCAUAUAAUUAGAAUAGAAGAUGAUAAUGAUAAUGCCCCAGUGUUUGAGCAGGACGUUUAUACUUUUCUUGUCUUUGAAAACUGUGGAAUUGGGACGCUAGUUGGACAAGUGACUGCAACAGACAAUGAUGAGCCAUACACCUUACAUACGGAAGUGAAAUACAGAAUUGUGUCCCAGGAUCUUCAAAGUUAUCAGAAUUUAAGGGUAUUUGCUAUAAAUCCAGAUUCAGGUUCUAUUACGGUGGUAACAUCACAUCUGGACAGAGAGACAACACCAGAGUAUACGCUACAAAUUGAAGCAAGAGAUAUGGGAGGCCAGGAAUUCGGUUUGUGCACUACAGCUAAAGUUAUAAUUACAGUUGGAGAUGUAAAUGACAAUGCUCCGCAAUUAGAACAAAAUGUGUAUGAAGUGAAAAUAUAUGAAAACGAAGAAAAUAUAGAAAUAUUGUGCAUUCCUGUAAGAGAUAAUGAUGAACCUGGGACUCCUUCAUGGUUGGCUGAAUUCACAAUUAUAAAAGGAAAUGAAGAUAAUGCUUUUUCUAUGAAUAUUGAUCAAGAGAGGAAUGUCGGGUGUUUACUUGUUUUAAAGGGACUGGACUAUGAAACUUCCAAGGAGAGAAGAUUAGAAAUUGUUGUAAAUAAUGAAGCACCUUAUAUCCUAGCACCAAAUUCUAGAGCUCCAUCAAGAAACCCCACCACAAUUGUGAUUGAAGUUAUGGAUGUGGAUGAGGGGCCAACAUUUGCCACUGAAUAUAUUAUAACUUUAAGGGAAUCUUUCCCAAAAGGAACAGUGGUUGGAAUCUAUCAAGCAUAUGACCCAGAAACUGGAGAGAGCACAGGCAUAAGUUACGGAAUAAUAAAUGACCCAUGCAACUGGAUCACCAUUGAUGAAACAGGACAGCUGAUAACCACUACAAUUUUAGACAGAGAUAUAUUAAAUGAGGAAUACAGUCAAUGCAUUGUAACAGUCUCUGCAACUGACCAAAGUGGUAAAACAGGUCAAGGGAAAAUUGUGAUAAACAUCAUGGAUGAGAAUGACAAUUUCCCAGUGAUUACAACAAAGAAUUAUACCAUGUGUAAGGACAAAACACCAAUUUGUAUUACGGCCUUCGAUGCCGAUCUACCUCCUUACACUGGACCUUUCCAUUUUGAAAUAGAGAAUCGAAUGGGCUUAACAUGGAGGUUAACACCAAAUGAUGAUGAAUCAGCAUUGCUUUCACCCGUGGAAGAUAUUGACUAUGGCUAUUAUAUAAUACCUGUUAGGAUAUAUGAUAAUGAAGGUAACAGUGGAAUAAGUGAAAUAACAGUUCACUACUGUGACUGUGACAUUCCAAGUAAUUGUUCUGAACGCAGCACAGUCGCCGCUCUGGAGAAUGGGGCAAUCCCUGUAGAUCGUGUUCCAUAUCAAGCAGAAUCUGCUUUUGGUCCCUGGGGCAUUGCUGCAACAGUCCUUGGAUCAGUAUUAUCACUGUCGGGGAUGAUGGUACCCUGUGGUUACUGGCUCCAUAAAAGAAAUUCCAAUACUGAAGCAGCGCCUGGAGAAGCACCUGCAGAAGCGUCUAAUAAUGCAGCUUUUGAGAACUUAAUGAUGUCAAACACAGAGGCACCAGGUGAAGAAAUGACAGUUCUAAAUAUACUUCCAGUGAGCACACUGAAUACAGCUGUAAGCAUGGGCACAGUUGCAGAGAAAACUGGAAAGCAGGGAAGUUUGGAAGUGAUAAAAGGAGAAGGCCAUCACCCACCAGAAUUGGUCAAAGGUGGAGGAAAUCACUUGACAGCAUCUUUACACAAUAUCAAACAACCCAUACGGAGUUCCUCCAGAGAUUUGUGCUCACAAUGGCAGGAAUUUACCAAUCCUCAUUUAGCUAAAAAGGUGUUUUUGUGUGAACAGGAGGAAGAACGUAAACGUGUCGGCGAAUAUGUACAUUCAUAUAAAUAUGAAGGAAAAGGAUCACUGGUUGGUUCCCUAAGCUCCUGUACUGGCGAGUCAUCAUCAGAAGAACUUGAGUUUUUAAAUGAGCCAGAGCCUGCUUUUAAGACAUUGGUUGAAGCCUUUGUAAUGAAGAAGCAUGCUUCCAUUGGUUCUGAAACCCACCUGCACAAUUCUACAGGAAGCUAUGUGCUAACUUCCACAGUUGGAGGCAGCAAUGCUUCUGAAUACCAGCUGCUGGAAACCACAGGACAGAAGAGUGCUCUCGUGCCCAGAACGUGCUUGCUGGUUUCCCAAAGGCAACUUGUUGGCCACUGUGAGAACAGGAUGCUGGACCAGAUGGGCCACUGGUCUGACACAGCAGGCUCGUCUUAUCUUCUUAACUCCAUUGAAAUGAAUUAAUGUUCUUGUACCUCCCUAGUUCAUCCCAAUAGGAUUUGAGCAGGAAAGCAUGGCCUACUGUAGGCUGUCCCCAUUCACAUGUCUCUCUCCCCCCCCCAUUUUUUAUUUAAGUAGGCUCUAAAAGAGUUGAUUUAGUGGGUUUUUAAAAAAUAAUAAUUGAGAUUCUGAAAUUUGACCUAACUGCACAAAACAGUUUUAAGCUCAGGUGCCUAAUUUUAUGUUUUUAACAAAAUGUAGUUUCGUCCUUAUCUUUAAAAACACCCUUUGGAAACAGUAACACUCUAUUAUUUCAGUUUCAAUAUUAUCUGGCACAUGUCUGGUAAAUAGAAAGUAUUACUUGGUUUAGUGUCUCUUUUCAAAGACUUCUAGUAAUAACUAUGAAAUGCUACUGGUGUGCAUGUUAAAGUAUUUUCUUAGUUUCUUAUAUUAAUUGCUUAUUUGUAUUCUUUUAUUUUCUUACAUAUCAUCUGUGUACUGGGUUCUGAACUAAGCCAGCGCAUAGUUGCCUAGGAAGUCCAGCUGAAAUCAACACAACUCAUGUGCAUAACAAUGUACUGGAUACAACCUUUAGAUUUUAUAGCCUGAACUGUGGAAAUAAGAUUAAAUUGGAAAGCAGCACUAGUCCACUAGCAAAUAAAUGCCAUUAAAAGCCCUCCAUACUUUAUCU